CUGCCUGGAAUUUUGACAAUUCUCAAUGCAAUUUUUAAAUAUUGCUGCCUUUAGAAUAUUUAAUCAAUGAGUUAAUAAGAAAGAUGAAGCGAACUACUCAAACAAAAAUUUGUUUUCAGAAUAAUAACAAACGACUUUGUAACGAUACAUCGGUGCUGUUAGCCAGCAGCUCAGCUACCGAUAGCCAAGCGACAGCGCCCGCGCACGCUCCCGCUCCGUUCCCCACCCCAGUCGACAGUGACAGAGAUGCUGCCUUUUCAACUUCAAUUUUGAAUGAAGACGUCAAUCAAGAUGAGCAUUUUUUAAUAGCAAGACCUUGUAAAUUUUGUUAAUAACAUUUGUCAGGGCUCGAAAUGACCAUUUGCCCAUCACUGUGUAAAACAGUGCGUGUCAUAGGAUACACAGUCAGUUGGAGUAGAGCAGCACAAUUCUGGAUAAGUUGAGAAUCACAACUUAAAUUCAAUUUUACGUUUUAAUUAAUGAUUAAAUGACUCACUCAUAAAAACGUCACUUGCUUGAUUACUGGAUGAUUCAGUGUUUUUGAACGAAUCUCUUGAAUGAAUGAUUCAGUGACAAAUAAAUUUAGAUUUCGCAUUGUUUGUAAACUCUGGUUGACUCAAUAAUAUGCCAAUUCAGAGUUCUUCACAUUGCGUGCAACUGACUGUUAAAUGUUUAGGGACCCCAGUUAUGCCACUGCUAAAUGUAAAGCAUGCUAUUGUCACAGUUUGUGACACAAUUAAACCAUUUAGUGACCACUUAUACGUGGAAGGGGGAUUUUCAUUAAGAGUGAAAGAUGAAGUUGAACACUUAAGAUGUUAUUUUUUUUAAAUGUGUGUCUGGCCCAAGAAAAUGCAUCCCACACCACAAGAGUGCCUGCUUUCAAUAUAAUAUGCAUUACUUGAAUGCUUUUAUUAUUUUGACAGCUACCUUUGCUGUUUGAAAUUCUCAUGGCAAUGAACUCAAUAUAGUAAUGUUCAUGUUAUAGUAAUUGUUUCAUUUGUUACAUGUAUAGCCCCAAAUAAUAUAUAUAUAUAUAUAAAUGUUUAUUAUAUAGUAUAGCCCAUAAUUCAAUCACUCAUGUUGUUGUGUUUUUUUAUUUUGUUUUUUUAUGUAGAUACCAGUAAUGACUGCCCAGACCUGUGGACAGCCAAACAAAAAGAAGAUUUUAAAUCCAAGUACCCUUGGUUAGGAUACAAAAACAAAAAAUUGGGGUGCCUGGUCUGUAGCAGUGUGAACUCCAUUGGGAUCGUCAAGGAGCAAGGUGUAUCUCUCUCAAAAGAAUGGAUGAACUUUGAAAUUCAAGCAUCUGGCCAGGGAAGUAGAGAGACAAGCCUGUCAGUCUUGAGAAAUAAGGUGAGGAAACAUGCUUUGUCUAAGGUGCACAAUCAAGUUGUGAAGAUGAGAGAACAACAGAAAGAAGCGGUCAUUGAGAAUGUGGUGGAGGCUAUGACUGAGUCCUACUUGAAGGAAACCGAAGCUGUGUUUCGAACAGCCUACCAUUUGGCCAAAAAGAACAGACCCUUUUCUGACUACGAGAGCCUCAUUGAGCUGCAGGAAUUGAUUGGUAUAAAGAUGGGCUCAAUACUUCAUUCACGUUAGAGUGCAACACAAAUAAUUAAACAUGUUGCCAAUGAGAUGCAGAGCAAAAUCAUCAAUAGCAUAAUAGCAUCAUCGAGUAAAUUAGCUGUCCUAAUUGACGAGGCCUCUUCUUUAAGUCACAAAGCUGUCAUGACAGUUUCAGUUAAAGCAUCAGUCCAAGAAGAAGAAAGCCCUGAAUUCAUAUUCCAUGAGCUUGUUGAACUGGACAAUCAGAGAGCAGAUGGCAUAGUAGAGGGUUUACUCACUUGUUUAACUAAUGCUGGCUUUACAGAAGAAUGGUUUCUUGAAAACUGGGUAGCAUUUGUGACUGAUGGCGCCAGCGUCAUGUUAGGAAAAAAGUCAGGAGUAGCAACCAGGUUGACCUUGAAAUUCCCAAAGCUUUUUUCAUGGCACUGUAUGAACCAUAGACUUGAACUAGCUGUGUCAGAUGCAAUUGAUGAGGUAAACUCGGUCAAUCACUUUAAAGCUUUUAUGCACAAGCUAUAUUCUCUGUAUAGUAUGUCAAACAAAAAUGAGCGUGAACUCAAAGAUGCAGCAGCUGAAGUAGGCUCACAACUUCUUCGCAUUGGCAGAGUCUUGGAUGUACGCUGGGCGGCCAGUAGCUUUCGGACUGUUCAUGCUGUUUGGACAUCACUGGGAGCUCUUGUGCAGCACUUUAAGAAUGCUUGUUCUGAUGAGAGGAGGUCCAACACAGAAAAGCAAAUGUACAGAGGUUUACUGGACCGUGUUCAAAGUCCUGAAUUUAUUUGUGACCUUGGGCUCAUGUAUGACACACUCCAUGAACUAAGUGUCCUGUCACAGGAGCUUCAGGCUCGUUCUAUAACUCUCCUCAGAGCAGAGCAUCUGCUGAAACGCACAAUCAGAGUGAUACAUUCAUUUAAAGAGAGUCCAGGUGAGAAAUAUGGUGAGGCUUUAGAAGCAAAAGAGAGUGGGGUGUAUCGAUGUAUAGCCUUGAAAAGAAAUACAAAGCUCAAGUCUAUCAAUCCAGGACAGUUCUUACAAAGCCUUAUGAACAAUCUUGAGCAAGGCUUGUCUUUCGAAGAUGAGACCAUCAAGGACCUCAGCAUCCUUGAUCAGAGUAAAUGGCCAUCAAACCCCAGCGUCCGCCAUGGUGAAGAACAAGUUAAGUGACUGUGCAAGCGAUUUAACUUGUGCACAGACCAAGCACUGAAUGGGAUGCGGGACCUACUGGAAGAGCCCAACAGUGAGCCCAAUGACCUGAAACCACUCAUUAACUGUAUGAAAACAUUCCCUGUCAGCACAGCAGAGUGUGAGAGGAACUUUAGCCUUAUGAACAAUAUAAGCACAGACAAAAGGGCUGUCCUACUGGUCUCAAACAUAUCAAACUUAAUGAUGAUUAACAUCAACGGACCCCCUACUUCAAAGUUUGAUCCUAGAAAGUAUACAAGGACCUGGUUGAAGAGCCACCGUGCUGCCUCUUCUGUGCGUUCUAGACAGUGCAGUGUGAAAACCCCUGCAGAGAGCAAGUGUUUCUGGAAUAUACUGUAGUACAGGGGUAGACAGUACUGUGCAGGUUUUUAAACCUGUCAAAAGCCUGACUAUAAAUUCAAAAUCAGUUAUUUAUUUCAUAUUUAUGAAAUUGCACUACUGAAGUUAAGUCCCUUGAGCCAAAAAUAUAAGCACUUAUUUAGAAACCCUGCAUGAGUAUAUCAUUGUGUGUAAAAUGUAUAUAUUUUUGUUAUAUAUAUUGUUAUGUUUUAACAUUGUUUUGAAUAUAUUGUUUAAUUUUUUUUAAUGAUGAUGAUAAUGAUAUUUUAAUGUUAAAAUAAACUAAUCUAAUAUGAUAUAUUCAAGAUGAAGUAAGCAUGGUGUUUCAUUGUCCAAUUUUCAUGUGUGGAUGGACUAAGGAAUAGUCACUCAAAAUACAUAAUUAUUUAGUUGUCUCUCUUCCUAUAGUCUGUGGGCCAGACGGGCCAGUAUUACGGUAAUUGCAAAAACUGCACCUCUUCUGUGGCUAAUAUUUAUUAUUAUACCUCCGUGAGGUUAAGUAGCGAAAGUUAAGUGAUAAUGUGCAAAUACUACUGGCCCAUUUUGGAGUGAACUAAUAUGCAAGACUAGUCUUACAUGCCACUGUUUAAAACACAGAGCGUUCAUCCUUUGCUGGGACGCUUAAAAAAAUAUUGGCGCAUAAAUUAAGAGUAUACCCACUUCUCCAGGCACC